AUGUUCACAGUUGCUAUCCUGAUCUCUUGGUUUUCUCUGGCUCGAGCAGCCUUAUACGUGAACGAGCCCAUUGCGAGCUCAGCCUGCUAUGGCGGGCAACCCUGCACUGUCUCCUGGCUAGAUGACGGGGAACAGCCUCUUCUGAGCAAGAUCGGAGCAUGCUAUGUGGGAUUGUAUAAUGGCGAAGGGCUACCAGUGCAGCAGAUCGAACCCGUGAACGUCGCGAGCGCACAUUCUCUCGUAUUCACGCCUGAUCCUUCCGCUGGUCCUUCCGCUGGUGACUACGUUAUGGAUGUCGCCGUGCGCGCUAACGGAUUCGACCUGUUGAGGCCGCGGGGUACUUUGAAGGAGCUAUGA